AUGAAUCCAGAACUUUCGCUUAAUUCUCCGGCGCUUUAUACGCUGCACUGCACCGGUAAAAAACCGGCGCGUGUGUAA